CCAGUUGCAGUUAUCAAACGCAAUUAUUAAAAGAGAAAAAUAAUAAAAAACCAGGAAAAACUGUUCUUUGAGCGAAAAUGACUUUAUGUCGUGUAAUAAGCAACCUAGACGUGUGUUUGUAGAAUUAUACUGCACAAAGAAAAGAUGGUGGAGGUCUAAAAGUCAGUAUAUCAAAACAGUUGAAGUUUGCGGUUCGUUGUCUGCAAUACAUUGCGAUGGUCAGGAUUUGAUUAGUGGAUUUGUUUUCUCAUGGACCUGGUAUAAGAUUGAAGCUACAUGCGACGUCGUAAGAGAUAUUAACAACUGCAUAGAGAACAUUCUAAAUUUGUGUAUUGGAUAUCGUAGUUGUGACAACAUCAAUGUUAAUACAGAUUGUUUUUAUUUAACUUUGAGGGCAGCAAUAACAUACAGCUGCAACAGAGGAACUGGAUCACCUACAACAACAGUAAACUAUGCUGGAAAUCAUAGUUAUUUUGAUAAAGAAGAAGUGUCACCAAGGACAAUUGUUUUUGAUAUGACAAAACCGCCAAAUACAGGUGAAAAUGAAUUGGUUUUAGAUGUAGAUUCAGAUUUCAGACUAUUGAUAAUAAACAAGAAACGAAACACAACUUACUCUCUUUGUGCUAACAGAUGGAAAAAUGAGUAUGCUAAGUUCGUUUGUCGCUUUUUACAUAUAUCGGAUAACGGGAUUGCCUGUAAUGUUUCCAGGAAUAUAAAUCUGACGCGAAUAGCCUACGGAGUUGACUGUCCUGUUAAUAUAACGAAUCCUUUUGAAUGUAUUCCGGACUACAGCAAUAGUUCAAGAGAUAUAUGUGAAUCUAUCGGAGAUGCAACUGUUAAAUGUUACAAUCACACAGAAAAUUAUAUUUUAGAUAAAGCAGGAUUAACAGGAAUACUUGUCGGAGGGAUUCUUGGAUUUAUAUUUGCUCUGGUAAUCAUUGUAGUAUUUAUCUGCUGUCGCAGGAAAAGGAACAAAAAAGAAAACAAGAGAGCUGCAGAUGAAAAAAGAGAGAAUGCAUCAACUACAGCAAAUUACCAUAGAGGAAAUGACAUGCAUGGUACGGGAGAACAAGAGCGUGUCUCAUUAAUGACUAAACCAGAAGCUACGACUCAGUUGGAUGGUGGUCAGUACUUCGUUUUAGAUCCAGGUGCGACAGGAUUCAAUAGAUCGAAUAACGCUUAUUCAGACAGUGAGACUCAAUACGCAACAUCUUCUGACGGCGUUUAUGACGUCACGAAUGAAAGACGACAUACAGAAAAGGAUGAAAUUAACAUUUACAGUCAUACUGUUGAUGAUGUUUACGACACAUCAGCCCAUGACAGGAGAGGGAAAGAACGUGACAAUGCAUAUGAUGAUUUUUGUUAUACAAAAUGAUGGCUAACAUUAUCAUAUCCCACGUUAUCAUUUAACUAACAGUUGGAAAUUAACUCAUAAAAGAAAUCAUGCGUUUAU